AUGCUCAUGUCAGUUAUAUAUUUUCUGAUUCUUCCUUUAGUAAGCCAAGGGCAGUUCCCAGCCACACAGAAUGUGACAGCUAUCGAAGGAGGAACGGUGAACUUAACUUGCCGUGUUGAUCAAAAUGAUAACACCUCCCUCCAGUGGUCAAAUCCUGCUCAGCAGACCCUAUACUUCGACGACAAAAAAGCACUUAGGGACAACAGGAUUGAACUGGUUCGGGCUUCCUGGCAUGAACUGAGUAUCAGCAUUAGUGACAUCACGCUUUCAGAUGAAGGACAGUACACGUGUUCCUUGUUUACAAUGCCUGUCAAAACGUCCAAGGCUUUCCUAACCGUUUUAGGAGUUCCCGAGAAGCCACAUAUUACUGGAUAUACAUCCCCAGUUAUGGAAGGAGAUCAAAUACGCCUGACAUGUAAAACAUCUGGUAGCAAACCAGCUGCAGAUAUUAGAUGGUUCAAAGGUGACCAAGAAAUAACAGAUGUUGAGAAAAAACAAGAGAGAGAUAGUAAUGGAAAGACAUUCACGGUUAUUAGUGUCCUGGAUUUCCGAGGGGAACGCAAAGAUGACGGUGCAGUUGUGAGCUGCAGAGUGGACCACGAAUCCUUAAAUUCAACACCUCAUAUAGCAACGCAGGCCUUAGACAUUCACUAUACUCCUACUGUAAAGAUUCUGCCCUCUACUCCUCUUCCUCAAGAAGGACAACAACUAAUUUUAACAUGUGAAUCUAAAGGAAAACCUCUGCCAGAACCAGUAUUAUGGACAAAGGAUGGUGGAGAGCUUCCAGAUCCAGACAGGAUGGUCGUGAGUGGACGUGAACUAACAAUAACUUUCCUGAACAAAACGGACAAUGGAACAUAUCGAUGUGAAGCAACCAACUCCAUUGGUAAAAACAGUGCAGAAUACAUCUUGAUAAUAAACGAUCCCAACGCAUAUCCUGGUCAAGCAGCAACUGACCACGCUCUUAUAGGAGGGAUAGUAGCAGUAGUCGUUUUUGUCACAUUAUGUUCAAUUAUAUUGCUUGGGCGAUACUUGGCAAGACAUAAAGGGACAUAUUUAACAAAUGAAGCAAAAGGAGCUGAAGAUGCCCCCGAUGCAGACACAGCCAUUAUCAAUGCAGAAGGCAGCCAAGUGAAUGCAGAAGAGAAGAAGGAAUAUUUCAUUUAAAUGCAAACCUGGUUACUGCGAGUUUUACUUAUCAGGCUGACUGCUGGAAAAAAAAAACUGGCUAUCUUUUUUUUCCCUCCAAAAUUCAUUCCCACCAUUUUCCGCUCCAUUUUAUUAACUCCUGCUAUCAAUAGCCAGCU